ACCCAGAAGCGCCCGCGCAGGGUAGGCCGCCCGCGGAAGCGAUGAGGGUUCUAGUGAGGCGCUGCUGGGGGCCCUUGCCAGGCGGUAGCGGCGCUGGCCGGAGACCGAGCCCCCAGUGUCGAUCGCUGGCAAGGCUCGGUGGGUCCCCUGGCGGGGAGGACGGCCGGGGCGUCCGAGUCCGCGAGAAGCCGCCCUGGCGGGUGCUCUUCUUCGGCACAGACCAGUUCGCCCGCGAGUCGCUACGGGCACUGCAUGCCGCCAGGGAAAACAAAGAAGAAGAGUUAAUUGAAAAAUUGGAGGUGGUCACAGUGCCUUCACCGUCACCAAAAGGACUGCCAGUGAAGCAAUAUGCUGUCCAGUCUCAGCUGCCAGUGUAUGAAUGGCCAGAUGUGGGAACUGGAGAAUAUGAUGUUGGAGUGGUCGCUUCAUUUGGCCGACUUUUGAGUGAGGCUCUUAUUCUUAAAUUCCCCUAUGGCAUAUUGAAUGUCCAUCCCAGUUGCCUCCCGAGGUGGCGUGGUCCAGCCCCUAUAAUCCAUACUGUGCUUCAUGGAGACACGGUUACUGGAGUAACAAUUAUGCAAAUCAGACCUAAAAGAUUUGAUAUAGGUCCAAUUAUCCAACAGGAAACCGUUCCCGUGCCCCCCAGGAGCACCGCAAAGGAAUUGGAAGCAGUGCUGUCAAGGCUGGGUGCCAACAUGCUUAUUUCAGUUUUGAAAAAUUUGCCUGAAAGUUUGAACAAUGGAAGGCAGCAGCCGACUGAGGGGGUGACACAUGCCCCUAAGAUUUCUGCUGGUACCAGCUGUAUAAAAUGGGAGGAACAAACUUCAGAGGAAGUAUUCAGACUUUAUCGUGCCAUUGGAAAUAUAAUUCCGUUGCAGACACUCUGGAUGGAUAAUACCAUUAAACUUCUGGAUUUGGUAGAAGUCAAUAGUUCAGUUCUUGCUGAUCCAAAAUUAAUAGGACAGGCUGUUAUUCCAGGAUCCAUAAUAUAUCACAAGCAGUCACAAAUACUUCUGGUUUGUUGCAAGGAUGGCUGGAUUGGUGUUCGGUCAGUGAUGCUCAAGAAAACACUAACAGCUACUGAUUUCUACAAUGGAUAUUUGCACCCCUGGCACCAGAAAAAUCCCCAGGCUCAUCCAAGCCAAUGCAGAUUUCAGACUCUCAGACUUCCAACAAAGAAGCAGGGGAAAAAAAUUGUUGCUAUGCAACAGUGCAUUAAGUAGUUAGGAAGAUGGACAAGACCUUACAUAUUUGUAAUUUAUUAAAAGCCUUAUUUACAAGGAAUUACUUUGACUUCAAAGAGUAUGACACUACUGGAGAACAGAAGAUUAUUGUCAGGAAGAUUGAUGACCUCACUUCCCACUUUUGGACAGUAGUUAAACAACUUUUCUACCUGAAUAACAAAAGAAACCUUAAAUAAAAUUUGUAUCUGUGCCAAAGUCAAGGAGAUUGUAUCUUUCCCUAAGAGCAACUACAACUAACGCAUAGGCAUAUAUAUACUGAAGAG